AUGAGUUCUCGCAAUAAAAAACUUGAAAAAGCUAUCGAAGUUGGUAUUGAAAGGCUACGUAUUUCACUUCAAGAUAAGGAACAUGCAAUCCAAGAACGUUACUUAGAAUUGCAAGAGUAUGAAUAUGGACUUAAACAAAGAGAAUCUGACUUGUUAGAAUUUAGAAGAGUUUUGGAACAAGAGAAAAGGAGUAAUGAGUAUUUGCGCAUUGUGAAUAGUAAGGCAGAAACUAUCUUUAACAAUGCUAUGAAGACGUUAAAAAAUAAAGAAAAACAGCUUGUUGAAGGGCUGGAAAAGAUAUGUGAAGAAUUUAAUAUAACUAAUUCUAUUAAUGAAGAGGUUAUUGAUGUUACAUCUAGAAUUGAAUUGAUUAAGAUAUUUAUAAGAAAUUUGGUAAAUAAGGAAAGUGAGACUAUGAAACUUUUAAAAGAAUAUAAGGAAGAGAAAUUUGGAAUUUCAUGUGGAAGAUGUAGGUGUGGGUAUCCCAUGUUUAAUUUAGGAGAUGAAUUUAUUGUAACAGAAACAUAUAAAAGUCCUAAUAAUUCAGAUUCUGUAGAAAUGGAGUUUAGAUAUAUGGAAUUGGAUUGGGAAAGAAGGGCUAUUGAACAUACAAAGGAAAGUCUAAGACUCCAGAAACUGAAGCAAAAUGAAAUAAUAAAAAGUAAAGAAGAGAAGUUAUUAUCUAAACAGGAAGAGCUUGAGGCAAGGUUACGUGAGGUUAAAAGGAUGGAAUACUUACUUACAAGAAGACUGAAUAAUGGGAAAAAGAGAUUUAGUUGUCCUAACAACUCUGAUUUACCUUCAGGAGAUCAACAUCAAGGGUUAAAAUCUACUAUAAUUGAGCGAAGAGAAAAUAAUAAACAAAAUUUUAAUGAACAAUAUUUAGAUUCUAAUAAUAAGUCUCCUGAUUUACUUAUUGUAGAUCCAAGUAAUACUUUUCAAAAAUUAAAUCAAAAUUGUGAAGUAGAAGAAUCAGAAUUAUACUCCCUAACUCCUAGUGAUAAUAAUUUAUCACCAUUUAUUAAUAAAAGAGAUUCAUCUAUUGGAGGAUUCUCUGAUAUAUACAUAGACUGCUACAAUACAUUUCCAAUUAAUACUGAAACUAAUUUUAAUGAAACAUCCAAAUCACCUUUGAAUUAUAUUACUACUCCUCAUAGAGAAAGUUAUUUGUCAUCUGCUAGAGAGUCAAUAGGAAGUGGGGUUAUACCACCAAGAAUGUCACCUUUGCUUAAACAUCAAAGACGUCGUUUAAAGGAGCUUUUAUGUGAUACAAAUGAUAUCUCUUCAUUUUUAAAUGAAGAUAUUGAGAAUAUAUCUUACAAAAACAAUGAGAUCAAAGAAUCUCAAGAUAUAGAAUAA